AUGGCGUCUGAGAAGCAGCCGUUGUUGCUGCCCUCAUACCCGGAGCCAACAACCGGAGCUCCAGCUCAUCCCUCAUCUCUACACAAGCAUCGGUCUGCAGCACGACGAUUCAUGGGAGCUGCUGCUGUCACACUCACGGUGCUAGGGCUCCUGCAUGGCGUUCCCUACGCCAGCGAGCCCUCAUCAACUGCACCAUGCCUGUCCGCCAGCUGUGUCCACGCAGCCUCCGAGAUCCUGUACAACCUCCAUCCCGACUACAAAAGCCUUGACCCCUGCGAGGACACCUACGAGUACAUAUGUGGAGGAUGGGGUGACCGCCACGAUCUCCGUCCCGACCAGGGCGACGCGUCUUCUCUCAGUGUCCUCUCCGAGGAAGGACAGUUGCUUUCUAGGCAUAUUCUUGAUUCGCCUUAUCCUGGAGAUGAUCCACUCAAAGUAUUCGUCAACUCCUAUUCUGCAAAUGGGGUAGACAAGGAGAACUUCGAACAGCUGAAGGCCGCCUAUGACGCAUGCAUGGAUGAAGACACCAUCAAGAAGGCCGGUGUCGGUUCUUUGAAGUCACUGCUAGACGACAUAUCUGGGAAGAAUAUCACUGAGACGGUCUUGUCGCUACUGGGAAAUGGCGUUGGGGCAUUGGCCUCUUUCUACACCUCUGGCGAUGAUCGAGAUCCUGACUCGGUUGCUAUUUUCGUUACGCCCCCUAGGUCCAUCGGCCUCCCCUCGAAAGAAUACUACGAUGAUGAAGCGGUUGUUAAGGAGUACAAGGAAGUGCUUUCCAAAGUCACGGCUGCGCUCAUAUCCGCCGACGUUCUGUCGACGGAACAGUCAGCGUUGUUUUCUACCACACCCAAUACCGAUGGCAUCGUGGACUUUGAAAAGGAACUGGCCAAAGCCUCCCCACCCCCUGAAGACCUGGAGAGUGUCGUCAAGUACUACAACCCUCGGACUCUGGAGGAAGCCCACGAACUGCUCCCGCAACUGUCAGUCAGCCGUAUCAUAUCCGCUCUUGGUCCAUCGGACUUCACCGCCAAACGCAUCAUCGUCGGGUCGCCUGAGUACAUGAAGUCUCUAUCAGAGAUUUUGGAUAAAAUCCCAGAGGGCACACUACAUGGCUACUUUAUGUGGAAAGCCGUUCAGGCGUAUGCCUCAUCGGUCGAGGACGAUGCCUUGAAGCCUCUGAAGCAAUUCAAGAACAAGCUUCAAGGCAAAGACCUCGACGCCGUGCCGGACCGCUGGCGAACCUGCAUUGCAGUGGUGGACGACACCCUAGGGUGGACACUCAGCCGCUUCUUCGUCCAGCGGGCAUUCUCCAAGGCCGCGAAAGAGUUCGGCGACCGCAUCAUCUACGACAUUAAAGACCAAUUCAAGACCAUACUUGGUCAGACCGAGUGGAUGAGCAAAGACGUACAGAAGCUGGGCCAGAAGAAGGUCGACAACAUCGUGCAGAAGAUCGGCUAUCCAACGGCGAGCCCCGAUAUCAUGGACCCUGAGAAGCUGAAACAAUAUUACUCUGGGCUGACUAUCACAAACUCAAGCUUCUUCGAGAACAACCGCAACGCCGCCAAGUUCGAGAUCAAGCGCGAGUGGUCGAAACUCGGGAAACCGACAGACCGCGACGAGUGGGGCAUGACCGCUUCAACUGUCAACGCGUACUACAAUCCCGCUGGCAACGAGAUUGUAUUCCCGGCUGGUAUAAUGCAAGCUCCGCUGUUCUACGACCCGGAGGUGCCGCAGUAUUUGUCGUAUGGCGCGUUUGGAGCUGUUAGCGGGCACGAGCUGUCACAUGCCUUCGACAGCAGCGGCCGCCACUACGACGAAAUCGGUAACUAUUCGGACUGGUGGGACACCAAAACCGUCAAAGCCUUCGAAGAGCGCGCGCAGUGCUUCGUAGAUCAAUACGCGAACUUCACCGUUGCGGGACCAGAUGGAAAACCACUACAUGUCAACGGCCGCCUGACAUUGGGCGAGAACAUCGCGGAUGCGGGCGGGCUGAAUGCGGCGUACGCGGCGUGGAAGAAGCGCGACAAAGUCAACCCAGACAAAACUCUUCCGGGCCUACUAGAUUUUACCAAAGAGCAGCUCUUCAUGCUCAACUACGGCAACACGUGGUGCGGGCUCACGAGGACGGGGACAGCGAUUCAGAGGAUCUAUCAGGACCCGCAUUCGCCCAAGUUUGCGAGAGUCGCGGGUACUCUUGCAAACACACGCGCGUUUAGAGAGGCGUUCAAUUGCCCCGUCAAGGAACCGACGUGUAAGCUUUGGUAA